AUGAAGCACUUAGAAGCGACACACGGACGUUCUUCAAUCAAGACGGAAACGACGGAGGGAAACAAGCGACGUAAGGUAGAGGUGGUCAAUGCUACGAAGGCCUCCGCUCUUUUUAAGAAUGACCCGAAACGCUUCUACGAAAUGCUAUGGACUCAUCUGGUUAUACCGAAGCUGCUACCUUUGGGUUUCUGCGAGAACGACAAGGUUCAGCAUUUUGUUAAAUGCAGUGGGUCACCUAUUGGCAAACAUCUACCCACGCGCAAGAGACUUCACCAUUUGAUUUUUAAAGUAUAUCACGCUACGAAAGAGGGCUUCAGAACCGAUCUAAGGAAGAUCAAAGCUAGCUGCCCUUUACCAAUAUUUCAUCUGAACGUGGAUCUCUGGACCUCGAAGACCUCUAAAGACAAAUAUGUCGGGAUUCGAAUCAUCUUCGUGGAUGCUCAAUGGCGUAUGGAUAUAUCCAUUCUCGCCAUAAAGCGCUUUUGUCCAGGCUCGGCGAAAUACAAGAGCUUCCGGUUAUCAGAGGUCCUUCAUUCAUGGGUCAUAGAUGUUCUUGCAGAGUUUGGCUUUUUGCCCUCGGAUAUUGCUGGGUCUACAUCUGACGGAGGGGACCUGCGUGCCAAGUUUUUCCACGGAAAUUCAGCAGACAGCAACGAAACUCAUCAAAAACGCAAGAGAGCAACAAAGGUGGAACGUGCAAGGCAGAAGGCGCUUGAUCGGCAAUUCGUAAACAACACGAAACUGCGCGCCGAAAGACUCGCACGAUUGGCGGUGCUACAGAUCCAGCAUCCGCAGCUUGCUGAUGUCCCGGAUGGUGUUGCGAUGGUGGAUGAGCCAUUGAUAAAGAACGAGGUAGAGAAUGAAGAUAAAAGUGCUAGACAGCUGCACUAUCACCGGGCUUGUUACACAUGCAAAAUUAAAUUUCGAGCGCUGCAUCACUUUUACGACCGAUUGUGUCCGUCCUGUGCUGAGCUUAACUUCAAAAAGCGUACGCAAACGGCCGACUUACGAGGGCAUAUUGCGAUCGUCACCGGUGCAAGAGUAAAGAUUGGAUACGAGAUUACACUUAAGUUGCUGCGGAGUGGAGCAGUUGUGGUCGCCACAACGCGAUUCCCGAAGGAUGCCGCGUUUCGAUUCGCCAAGGAAAAGGACUUUGAAGUUUGGAAAGGUCGAUUGCACAUUUAUGGCAUGGAUUUCCGCGAUUUAGGAGUAAUUGACAAGUUUAUGAACCACAUUGAUUCGACUUACCAUCGUCUUGAUAUCUUGAUCAACAACGCAACCCAAACAAUACGACGACCCGUGCACUAUUACAAGCACUUACUUAAAUGUGAGGUCGCACCGGUCCCGGAAAGUAUGCCGGAAGUUAAUGAACUUCUUUGUGGAAAUGCUAAGCUUCUUGAUAAUGCUUGCACUGGCGAGAGUGUCGAGAAAAAUAGCAGCAAAAAUGCUAACGAGAAUAUCUCAUUGUUUGUCGACGCCACACCUGCAUCUGUGCAGUUAUCACAGAUACCUCUCAUCGCUGAAGACGAACAUUCCUCAGAGACGGAAGCCUUGUUUCCUAUCGGUCAAGUCGAUAACAACCAGCAACAAGUAGACUUGCGCACCUCCAACUCGUGGACUCAGAAAAUCAACCAGAUUGAGACUAUGGAGCUUGUAGAAGUGUUUGCAAUUAACACGAUGGCGCCAUUUCUUCUCAACAAACGUGCAAUCCCUCUGCUUGAAGCUAGCUCAAAUACACGCCGAUUCAUCAUUAAUGUAAGCGCAAUGGAGGGCAAAUUUUAUCGAAGCAAGACGCCAAACCACCCACACACAAACAUGGCAAAGGCCGCGGCAAACAUGAUGACGAGAACAUGUGGCGCAGAUCUUGCUCUGAAAGGCAUCUUUAUGAACAGCGUGGAUACGGGUUGGAUCAACGACGAAAACCCGCGUGACGCGGCUGUUCGCAUUGCUAGUUCUCACAACUUUCAAACGCCAUUAGAUGAAAUUGAUGCGGCUGCUCGUGUUCUCGAUCCCAUUUUUUGUCUGCAUGAAGAAGGCAAUACGGUCGAGCCAAUUUAUGGAAAAUUCUUAAAGGAUUACACGAUUUCAGAAUGGUGA